CUUUGACCUCGUCACCAACGGCGGGAUCUCCAUCAUCCUCCAUUUUGAACGGGCUCCCUUCAUUACCCAAGAGCACACCCUCUGGCUGCCGUGGGAUCGCUUCUUCGUCAUGGAGACCAUCGUCAUGAGGCACGAGGAAAACGACAUCCCAAGCUGCGACCUCAGCAACUUCGCCCGGCCCAAUCCCGUGGUCUCACCGUCCCCCCUGACGGCGUUUGCCAGCUCCUGUUCCGAGAGAGGCCCCAUCGUCCCAGAAAUCCAGGCUUUGCAAGAAGAGGUUAAGAUUUCAGGCACUAAAAUAAAGCUGAGCUACCUGAGCAGUCGGACGUCCGGCUACAAAUCAGUCUUGAGGAUUAGCUUGACCCACCCCACUAUACCAUUCAACCUGAUGAAAGUCCACCUCAUGGUAGCCGUUGAGGGGCGCCUCUUCCGGAAGUGGUUCGCCGCAGGUCCCGACCUGUCUUACUACUUCGUAUGGGACAAGACGGACGUCUACAAUCAGAAGGUCUAUGGGCUGUCGGAAGCUUUCGUCUCAGUGGGGUUCGAAUACGAAUCGUCAUACGAAGCGUGUCCGGACUUGAUCCUUUGGGAGAAGAGGACGGCGGUGCUUCAGGGCUAUGAAAUCGACGCGUCCAAACUCGGAGGCUGGUCUCUGGACAAACACCAUGCUCUCAACAUCCAGAGUGCUACAGGGUAUGCACUGUCCAUCCUUCCCCUCAGAAAUAAAGAUUUCAGACAUAGCCACAGCCCUGCUCACAAGUAUUACCUGACCACGGACCCCAUCACCGGAUCCAUCUACCUCUCCGACACCAACAGUCGCCGAGUCUUUAAGAUCAAAUCAACCACCGUAGUGAAGGAUGUCGUGAAGAACUCGGAGGUGGUGGCCGGAACAGGAGACCAGUGCCUCCCCUUCGACGACACUCGUUGCGGAGAUGGCGGGAAAGCCACCGAGGCCACGCUGACAAAUCCCAGGGGCAUCACCGUGGACAAAUUUGGGUUCAUUUAUUUUGUGGACGGCACCAUGAUCCGACGCAUCGACCAGAAUGGGAUUAUCUCGACUCUGCUUGGUUCCAAUGACCUGACGUCGGCCAGGCCUCUGAGCUGUGACUCGGUCAUGGAUAUCUCACAGGUACUCAGAAUUUCGUGGCCUACUGACCUGGCGGUCAACCCAAUGGACAAUUCCUUGUACGUCCUCGACAAUAACGUCGUCUUGCAAAUCUCGGAAAACCACCAAGUGCGCAUUGUGGCAGGAAGGCCAAUGCACUGCCAGGUCCCAGGUAUUGAUCACUUCCUCCUCAGUAAGGUGGCUAUUCACGCUACCUUGGAGUCGGCCACAGCCCUGACCGUCUCCCACAACGGUGUCCUGUACAUCGCGGAGACCGAUGAGAAGAAGAUCAACCGUAUCCGGCAGGUCACCACCAACGGGGAGAUCUCGCUGGUGGCCGGCGCUCCGAGCGGCUGCGAUUGCAAGAAUGAUGCCAACUGCGAUUGCUUUUCUGGGGACGACGGAUACGCCAAGGAUGCCAAACUCAACGCCCCGUCGUCCCUCGCGGUGUGCGCAGACGGCGAACUGUAUGUGGCCGAUCUCGGGAACAUCCGGAUCCGCUUCAUCCGGAAGAACAAGCCGUUUCUGAACACGCAGAACUUAUACGAGCUGUCCUCCCCCAUCGAUCAGGAACUCUACUUAUUCGACACCAGUGGCAAGCACCUGUUCACUCAGAGUCUCACUACCGGGGACUACCUUUACAACUUUACCUACACAGGAGACGGGGACAUAACCCUGAUUACCGACAACAAUGGCAACCUGGUCAACAUCCGGAGAGAUUCGACAGGGAUGCCGCUCUUGCUGGUAGUGCCAGAUGGCCAAGUCUACUGGCUAACCAUGGGCACCAACAGCGCCCUCAAGAGUGUGACGGCCCAGGGGAACGAAGUGGCCAUGAUGACGUAUCACGGCAUCUCGGGUCUCCUGGCUACGAAGAGCAACGAAAACGGGUGGACGACAUUUUACGAGUACGACAGCUUCGGGCGCCUCACCAACAUCACUUUCCCUAAAGGCCAAGUCAGCAGCUUCCGGAGCGACACCGACAGUUCGGUCCACGUCCAAGUGGAGACGUCCAGCAAAGACGAUGUCACCAUAACAACCAACCUGUCGGCCUCGGGCGCCUUCUAUACCUUGCUGCAAGAUCAAGUGCGAAACAGCUACUACAUCGGCGCCGAUGGCUCACUCCGUCUCAUGCUGGCCAAUGGCAUGGAGGUGGCCUUGCAGACCGAACCUCACCUGCUGGCCGGCACCGUGAAUCCCACCGUGGGGAAGAGGAACGUCACCCUCCCCAUCGACAAUGGCCUUAACCUCGUUGAAUGGAGGCAACGCAAAGAGCAGGCGAGAGGCCAGAUCACAGUCUUCGGGCGCAGGCUGCGGGUUCAUAACAGAAACUUGCUGUCCCUCGACUUUGACCGGGUGACGAGAACGGAGAAGAUCUACGAUGAUCAUCGCAAGUUCACCUUGCGGAUUCUGUACGACCAGGCCGGCCGGCCCAGCCUUUGGUCUCCCAGCAGCAGGCUGAAUGGAGUGAACGUGACCUACUCCUCGGGAGGACACAUCGCUGGGAUCCAACGGGGGACCAUGUCAGAAAGGAUGGACUAUGACCAGUCGGGCCGGAUUACAUCCAGAAUCUUCGCCGAUGGGAAGUCUUGGAGCUACACUUACUUAGAAAAGUCCAUGGUGCUGCUCCUUCACAGUCAACGGCAGUACAUUUUCGAGUUUGAUAAGAAUGAUCGUUUGUCGUCCGUGACCAUGCCCAACGUUGCACGCCAGACCUUGGAAACUAUUCGUUCCAUUGGCUACUACAGGAAUAUCUACAGGCCCCCAGAAGGCAACGCAUCCGUCAUUCAGGAUUUCAAUGAGGAAAAGCAGCUCCUUCACACCUAUCACUUGGGAACAGGGAGGCGGGUCAUCUACAAAUAUGGCAAACUCUCCAAGCUGGCUGAGAUGCUCUAUGACACGACUAAGAUCAGCUUCACCUAUGAUGAAACAGCUGGGAUGCUGAAGACCAUAAACCUGCAGAACGAGGGGUUCACUUGUACCAUCAGAUACAGACAGAUUGGACCACUCAUCGACCGGCAGAUCUUUCGUUUCACAGAAGAAGGCAUGGUGAAUGCGCGUUUUGACUACAAUUACGACAACAGCUUCCGGGUGACCAGCAUGCAAGCGGUGAUCAACGAGACCCCACUACCCAUUGACCUUUACCGAUAUGAUGACGUUUCAGGUAAAACGGAACAAUUCGGCAAGUUCGGGGUCAUCUACUAUGACAUCAACCAAAUCAUUACCACUGCGGUCAUGACUCACACGAAACAUUUCGAUGCCUACGGCAGGAUGAAAGAAGUGCAGUACGAGAUAUUCAGGUCCCUCAUGUACUGGAUGACAGUGCAGUAUGACAACAUGGGGAGAGUAGUGAAGAAGGAGCUGAAGGUCGGCCCAUACGCAAACACAACGAGGUAUUCGUAUGAAUACGAUGCAGAUGGGCAACUCCAGACCGUGUCAAUCAAUGAGAAGCCACUCUGGCGGUACAGUUAUGACCUCAAUGGAAACCUCCACUUGUUGAGUCCCGGCAACAGUGCCCGCCUCACUCCACUGAGGUAUGACCUCAGGGACAGGAUCACAAGACUGGGGGACGUGCAGUACAAGAUGGAUGAAGAUGGCUUCCUGAGACAAAGGGGGAAUGACAUUUUUGAGUACAACUCGGCAGGACUGCUCAUCAAGGCCUAUAACAAAGCCAACGGGUGGUCCGUGAAGUAUCGUUAUGAUGGACUUGGAAGAAGGGUCUCCAGCAAAACCACCCAUGGGCAUCAUUUGCAGUUCUUUUAUGCAGACCUCACCAGCCCCACCAAAGUCACCCAUCUCUACAACCACUCGAGUUCUGAGAUAACCUCCCUCUAUUACGACCUCCAGGGCCACCUCUUUGCUAUGGAGCUCAGCAGCGGAGACGAGUUUUACAUUGCCUGCGAUAACACUGGGACUCCUUUGGCAGUCUUCAGCGGGACGGGCUUAAUGAUCAAGCAGAUCUUGUACACAGCUUAUGGGGAGAUCUAUAUGGACACCAACCCAAACUUUCAGGUCAUUAUUGGUUACCAAGGAGGACUCUAUGACCCCCUUACCAAACUCAUACAUAUGGGGAAGAGAGACUAUGAUGUGCUAGCUGGCCGGUGGACGAGCCCUGACCACGAAAUUUGGAAACGUCUGAGCAGCAGCAAUAUAAUGCCUUUCAAUCUUUACAUGUUCAAAAAUAACAAUCCUAUCAGUAACUCUCAGGAUAUCAAGUGCUACAUGACAGAUGUCAACAGCUGGCUGCUUACCUUCGGGUUUCAACUACACAAUGUCAUCCCCGGAUAUCCUAAACCUGAUGUGGAAGCUGUGGAGCCCUCUUAUGAACUUACCCACACACAACUGAAAACGCAAGAAUGGGACAAUAGCAAGUCAAUCUUGGGAGUACAGUGUGAAGUACAGAAACAGCUGAAGGCUUUUGUCACCCUGGAGCGCUUUGAACAGAUCUACAGCUCGAGCAUUGCCGGAUGCCACGAGGCCAAGGAGGACAAUAACUUUGCUUCAGGAGGCUCUGUCAUCGGCAAGGGGGUCAAGUUUGCCAUGAAGGAUGGGCGGGUGGCCACUGACAUUAUCAGCACGGCGAACGAGGACGGGCGGAGGAUCGCAGCCAUACUGAACAACGCUCACUACCUGGAGAACUUGCACUUCACCAUCGAGGGCACGGACACACACUAUUUCGUCAAGCAAGGGCCAUCGGACAGCGACCUGUCCAUUCUGGGCCUCACCGGCGGGCGGAGAACCUUGGAGAACGGCGUCAACGUCACCGUCUCCCAAAUCAACACAGUGCUUAACGGAAGGACUAGACGUUACACGGACAUCCAGCUCCAGCACGGAGCGCUGUGUCUGAACACCCGCUACGGGACCACCUUAGAUGAAGAGAAGACCCGCGUGCUGGAGCUGGCCAGGCAACGUGCCGUCGCCCAAGCCUGGGCACGGGAGCAGCAGAGACUGCGGGACGGGGAGGAGGGGACCCGCUCCUGGACAGAAGGGGAGAAGCAGCAGCUGCUAAACACGGGGCGGGUUCAGGGCUACGACGGUUACUUCGUCAUCUCCGUGGAGCAGUACCCCGAACUUUCGGACAGCGCGAACAACAUCCAUUUCAUGAGACAGAGUGAGAUGGGCAGAAGGUGA